AUGAGUAAUAAACUAAAAGAACAAUUAGAGAAAAAGAGAAAAGAAGCACAAUCUUUGGCAUUGUCAUCUGGUGAGAAUGGUUCUCAAACAAAAAAAUAUAAAACAAGAGGUGAAAUCGAAAAAGAGAAUUUAAAGAAAAAAGAAGAAGAAAAAUUAAAAUUAGAAAAAGAAAAAGAAGAGAAAUUAAAAGUUAAUAAUACAGAUAAAAACGAAGAAAACAAUAAUAAUGUAAAUCAAAAUAAUAAUAAUAAUAAUAGUGAUGAUAAUAAUAAUAAUGUAAAUAAUGAACCUAUACCCUUUUUACCAAAAGAACAAGUUGUUAGAAAACUAAGAGAAAGAGGACAACCUAUAACUUAUUUCGGUGAAACCGAUUAUAUGAGAGCGGAAAGAUUAAGAUUGUUGGAGGAGAAUGAACCUAUUGAAUAUACUCAGGGUGAUAAUGAAUUCCAGAAUCUAUUGAAGCAGAUUAAUAGUGAGCAAAAGUCUGGUGGUGUCAGUGGCGAUGCCGACUCACAGCGAAAGAAGAGUAAAGAACCAGAGGAGUCGGAAGAGGAACUAAAAGAGGAAUCAAAGAAAUCAAAGUAUGGCAAUAUCUAUUACUUCCUUUGGAAGCUACUGAAGGAGUGGAAAGAGCAUUUGGAUGCACGACCAGAGGAAGAGGUGCGAACACCACAAGGUAACAAGGCAAAGGCGAUCUACGCACAAUGCAACAUACAUAUUAAACCACUGUUUGCUCAAUUGAAAUCGAAAUCACUGCCGGACGAUCUGCUGCAGCAUAUCUACAAGAUUGUCGAGUUUUGCAAGGAGCGUGAAUACUCUAAAGCCAACAGUCAGUAUAUGGAGAUGUCAAUUGGUAACGCACCGUGGCCGAUGGGUGUAACGAUGGUUGGUAUUCACGAUCGUUCCUCGAGAGAAAAGAUCUCUUCCAGUCAAGUGGCACAUGUGUUGAACGAUGAAACACAAAGAAAAUUCAUUCAGGGAAUCAAGAGAUUAAUGACAUUCUGUCAAACGAAAUAUCCAAACAAUCCAUCUAAAUGUGUUGGUUAA